AAAUUCUUAACAAUAUUUCACUCGCACACAACAUAAUGGCUUGGAAAAUGUAUUGUUUUUGUGUUUGAUUUGCCGUUCGACACACGGAACGCCGUCCGCCGUUGCCGCCCGCCAGUUGUAUAACGUCCGCAGCCGCGUCAAAACCGCCUUGCCGCCUUGCCGCCGCCGACGGACGGACGACGAUAUUCGGUGAACACACGGCAGGCGCCGCAUAGGGCAGUUGGGCCGUACGCGCCGUACUGCGUUCUUGUUGUGGCGGCCCCGCCGGCACACGACCGGAAAGCGACGCCGACCCGUUCGCCCGCCGCCGAUUUUGCACGUUUGCGACGCGCCGAAUAGCCCACUCGCCGUAUCGUUCGCACACCUCGUCGCCGUCGCUGGACACGAGCGACAUCGUUAUGACCGCCACCACCACCACCCCGUGUUCCAGAAUGUAUAGAUACAAACAAUAUGGAUCGUCUACUAAUAGAUAAAUGAGUGCUUUCCAUUUAGGAUCAUGUUUACAAACAUAAAAUUAAUGUUGUUGAUUUCAUGAAAAUGCCGAUAUCAUUUAAAUGGAUUGGAAAUUUAUUACUGUGGGAAAAUUGGUGAUGCCUAAUUCCAAACUAUGUUUUGUGUUGGUGUUAUUGCUAAUAACUACAACAUUAAAAUGCAGUUUAGCGAUGUCAGUUAUAGCUAAAUACCCACAGAAUACACAAUCAGAAUGUUUUUCAAACCAUCUACUUCAUAUGGCUGUAGACAAGAGUUUAGGGGGCCGAGUUUACAUUGGUGCAGUAAACAAAUUAAUACAACUAGAAGGGUCCAAUUUAACUUUGGAAACAUGUGCCAAUACUGGUCCACUAUCAGAUAGUCCACAAUGUCCAGCAAGUGGUUGUCCAACAUCUCCACCCGUUGAAACAUCACUUACUGAUAACUAUAAUAAAAUUCUAAUCAUCGAUUUAGAAUCUCGAAUGUUAAUAGUAUGUGGUUCUAUUUUCCAAGGGGCUUGUAAUAAGUAUAAAAUGUCAAAUGUGUCUUUACCAGCACAAUUUAUUCCUAUGAGUAUUGCUGCUAAUACAGAACAAGCUUCUACAUAUGCUUUCAUUGGACCAGAACACUAUAAUAAUUGGGGAUUCUCAAAUGUAUUGUAUGUUGGAACCACUUUUACUAACAAUGGAGAUUAUAGACAUGCUGUACCAGCAAUUUCAAGUCGUAGUCUUUACACAUUAAAUUUAGCAGAAACCUCGUUUUUAAAACAAUCUUCACUUAACAUAAACGUUAAUUAUCGUGACCGUUUCCUUGUCAAAUACAUUUAUGGAUUCAAUUCGAGUGAUUAUGCAUAUUUUGUUGUUGUUCAAAAACAUUCACCAUUACCAGGACAAGAAGAAUUGGGAUAUGUUACUAGAUUAGCUAGAGUUUGUAUAGAUGAUGCCAAUUAUGAUAGUUAUACUGAAGUGACAUUACAAUGCAUGGUAAAAGAAUCAUCCAACUCUGAUGAUUUGGUGAAUUAUAAACUUGCUCAAGACUUAAAGCUAAGUAAUGCCGGUGAAGACUUAGCAGCUAGUCUUGGUAUUGAUACCAAUGACCAGGUUUUAGUUGGAUCUUUUUCACCAAGUCAAGGUAUUACUAAUGAACCAAUGUCUAAAUCAGCAAUAUGUGCUUUUAGUAUGCAAUACAUUGAAUCUAAGUUUGAUGAAAACAUUCAUAUGUGUUUUAAUGGUACAAUCAAAUAUCGUAAUAUGCCAUAUGUUUCCGGAUUAAUAUUGCAAGGAAAUUGUCCCCCUGCAGGGUCGACUGGAAAUAUUUUAAACUUUUGUGAAAUUGGCUUAAAAAUAUCAGGAACAGAGCCAAUUGCUACACAAGCUGCAAUCAAUUUUCCCGAUCAUCUUAUUUCCUCAAUAACAUUAGCAACAACAGAAAGAAAUACUAUUAUUUUUUUGGGAACUUCGACAGGAAUUCUUAAAAAAGUAUUAUUAUCAUCUGCAAUACAUGCUGUAAAUUAUGAAGAAUUGGUCUUGGACAAUGGAAAUGCUAUAUUACCAGAUACAUCACUUACUACUAAUGGAGAACAUUUAUAUGUGUUAACUCGAAGCAAUGUAUUGAAAGUAAGAGUAGAGCAUUGUUACAGUUUUACUAAUUGUUCUUCAUGUUUGGAAGCAAAUGAUCCUUACUGUGGUUGGUGUUCUCUCGAAAGAAGGUGUACUGUUAGAAGUACUUGUCAAAAAGCAAGCCAUAGUUCACCACGAUGGUUAUCUCUUGGUACUGGUCAACAAUGUAUUGAUUUUGAACAAAUAAGUCCGGAUCGGAUUCCAAUUCACCAAAUGUCAAAGUUGCAACUUGUAAUUAAAACCUUACCAGAAUUACCAGCUGGAGCAAAAUAUCGUUGUGUUUUUGGCAAAAGUGAUCCAUUAGAUGCAGUUGUUACACAGUUUGGAUUACAGUGCUCCACUCCUUCAAUUCAAUCACGUCCAAAAAUUCCAAAAAACCAAGAUCAUAUUUAUGUAUCUUUGUCAGUAAGAUCUUCUGAAACAAAUAAGGACUUUGUAAGCAGAAAUUUUGCUUACUACGAUUGUUCAGCUCAUACAAGAUGUAUGGAGUGUGUUAAAUCUCAAUGGGCAUGUAAUUGGUGUGUUUACGAGAAUAAAUGUACAAAUAACGUAUCCAGUUGUCAGCGUAUUAUUAUCAGUGGUGAAAAUAAUCCUACUCGUCUCAAAAGCCAUGGUGCAAUGUUUUGUCCACGGUUUGUACAACCAGCUCAAAAAAUAUUACUACCUAAUGGUGUUCCUAAAGAAAUAGUUUUACAAGUAGAAAAUUUACCUAACCCUCAAGUUGGACAUACAGGUUUUCAAUGUAUAAUUAACAUUGAAGGAGCUAAACUAAUGGUUCCUGCGAGGGUAGAUGAAAAAUAUAUCGUCUGCGAUAAGACUACUUACUCAUAUGAAACUAAUUCUGGAGAAUAUGAUGCUAUGGUCAGUAUGGUUUGGAACAGAAACCAUCAUGUUGAUACAAUAAAUGUGACAUUAUAUAAAUGUGAUAUUCUUGGAUCUCAUAGAGAACACCCUGACUGUUCAUUAUGUGUUACACGGAAUCGCAAAUAUCAAUGUACUUGGUGUUUAAGUACUUGUGUGUAUUCAGAAACCUGCUUAGAAACAUCUAGCAAUGAAUGUCCAAAACCAAGAAUAGAUAUGAUUAAACCUCUUAGUGGACCAAUUGAAGGUGGUACUAUGGUCACUAUUGAAGGAAGUAAUUUAGGUCUAAACAGAGAAGAUGUUUGGGGAAAAAUCCAUAUAGGUGGUAUUUUGUGUCAUUUAGUUGAUUAUGAAGUUUCUGUGAAAAUAGUAUGUAGAACUGGGCCAUCAAAUAGUGAAAAAGUUGCUUCUAUUGUUGUUGGAAAUAAUGCUGGCGUAACUGAAUCAUCUGUACAUUUCAAUUACAAGAGUGUUAAGCUUGAUAAAGUAACUCCUAGCAUGGGACCCCAAAGUGGUGGUACUCUUUUAGCCAUUAGUGGACAUAAUUUAAACAUUGGAAGUUCGGUGACUGCAUUCCUUGAUAAUUUUCCAUGUACAGUCAAUACAACUCAUGCUUCAAGCACCAGACUUACUUGUGUGACAUCGGCAGCUAAUAGACCACUGACUGUAAAUUCAAUGCAUUUAAUCAUUGAUGGUUCCAAUAGAACCUUGGCUAAACCUUUUACAUAUCGAAGUGAUCCAACUGUUGCUGAAAUUAAACCACUAAUUAGCUUUUUGUCUGGAGGGAGAAUGAUAACAGUUCAUGGUACAAAUUUUGAUAUUAUCCAAAAGCCAGAAAUGGUUAUCUAUGUUGAUUCUGACUUCAUCCAUCCCAUUAAUAAGACUGAAUGUAUAGUUCUUAAUUCAGCUCAAAUGGAAUGUCCAUCCCCUUCUGCUAACAGUCAAUUCUUAAAAAGUAUUAAAAGUUACCGGAAGCGAAGAAGACACACUGCCAAUGGAAAAUACUUAGAUUCUUAUUUGACUUUGAAAAUUGGUUUUAUCAUGGACAAUGUUGCCGCUGUCAAAGAUUUAGAAAAACAUUUGAAAGUCUUACAGUCACAAAUCGUGUAUGUGCAAGAUCCAAAAUAUUUCCAAUUUUCAAAUACUAUUAAGUCAUACAAAGGCGAUACAUUAGUUAUAGAGGGUGAAAACUUAAAUUUGGCUUGUGAUGAAUCUGAUGUUAAUGUAACUAUCGGAAUGGAAGUAUGCAAUGUUACUUCAUUGGCCAAUACUCAACUAGUUUGUAUUCCACCUCAAUAUCAACCACAACCUAUUGAUGAUUUUGGUUCACCUACUAAAACAGGAUUACCUUUGGUUGUGGUCCGUGUGGGUAAAAAAUUAAGAUUCAAUGUGGGAUACUUGCAAUAUGACGUGUUAUCGACAUAUUCAUUUUCACCUGAGGCAAUUGCUGGUGCUGUCACAAGCGCCUUAUGUAUAAUUAUAAUUUUUUUCAUUAUAUUAUUUUUAUACCGAAGAAAAUCCACUCAAGCUGAAAGAGAGUAUAAACGUAUUCAAAUUCAAAUGGAUACAUUAGAAAGCAAUGUCCGCUCUGAGUGUAAACAAGCUUUUGCUGAAUUACAAACUGAUAUGACUGACUUGACUGCAGAUUUAGAAUCUUCUGGUAUACCUACAUUAGAUCAUAAUGAAUACAUUUUAAAAGUAUUUUUCCCUGGUGUUCGAGACCAUCCUAUUUUGAACGAAUCAAAAGUUGUUAUUGCCGGAUCAACCACAAAUUAUGAUGCUGCUAUGAUGCAAUUUGAGCAGCUUAUAAAUAAUAAACAUUUUGUAUUAUCGUUCAUCGAUACUCUUGAAUCUCAAAAAACUUUUAGCAUCCGUGAUAAAGUCAAUGUUGCUUCAUUACUUAUGGUUGUUUUAAUGAAUAAAAUGGAAUAUGCAACUGAUGUAUUAAGAAGUUUGUUACUUAGACUAAUUGAUAAAUCAGUUAUGUCUAAACAUCCACAUUUAAUGCUUCGAAGAACUGAAUCUGUUGUUGAAAAAAUGUUAACCAAUUGGAUGGCACUCAACAUGUAUAAGUAUCUUAAAGAUUAUGCAGGGUCAUCGCUAUUUUUACUUUAUAAAGCCAUUAAACAUCAAGUAGAAAAAGGCCCAGUUGAUGCAUUGACAUAUGAUGCUAGAUAUAGUUUAUCCGAAGAUCGUUUACUUCGGGAACAAAUAGAUCAUCGAGUUGUUAAUUUAUAUGUUAUGCAAGACGAAUUAGAUGAUAAAGUGCAAUGUAAAGUCUUAGACUGUGAUACAAUUAGUCAAGUUAAAUCUAAAAUUCUUGAUGCUGUAUAUAAAAAUACAGCUUUCUCUCUUAGACCAUCGGUUUAUGAUGUUGAUUUAGAAUGGCGCCAUGGACGGGGAGGUCAUCUUACACUACAAGAUUAUGAUGUUACUACCAAAAAUUUGUGUGGAUGGAAGAAAUUAAAUACCCUGGCACAUUAUGGCGUAAAAGAAUCUGCUGUAAUGACCCUUAUUCCACGCCAACAUGACACAUACAAUAAAUCUUGUAUGCAAUCAUGCCAUAAUUGUACAUCUGGAUACUAUUCUGGUGCUAUUAUAUCAACAACUAAUGGAGGCAUUGAGACUGGUUCUAGUUCCACUGGUACUGUGUAUCAUUUAAUUAGAUCUACUGAUACACAGCAACAAUAUCAUACAAAUAAAAUGCCAGAAAGAACUCAUAAGGCGAUUCCAGAGAUAUUUUUGACUAGAUUAUUAUCAACAAAAGGAACAAUUCAGAAAUUUGUUGAUGACUUUUUCUCAACAAUUUUAGCAGCUAAUGAAACUCUUCCGCCAGCUGUAAAAUGGUUAUUUGAUUUAUUUGAUGAUGCUGCUAAAAAAUACAAUAUAAUUGAUCCAGAAGUUGUUCAUUCUUGGAAGUCCAAUAGUCUUCCAUUGAGGUUUUGGGUGAACUUUAUUAAGAAUCCAGAUUUCAUAUUUGAUAUUGACAAAACUCCUACUGUAGACUCUUGUUUAUCAGUUAUUGCUCAAACAUUUAUGGAUUCAUGUUCAACUUCUGAUCAUAGAUUAGGAAAAGAUUCACCAUCAAAUAAACUUCUUUUUGCAAAAGAUAUACCCCAGUAUAGAGAGACUGUAUUAAGAUUCUAUAGUGACAUUCAAAAAUUACCUCAAAUCACUGAUCAAGAACUAAGCACAACUAUGCAACAGUUAUCUGUUUCUCAUUUUGGCCAAUUCCACAUAGUUUCUGCUUUGAAAGAAUUGUAUAUUUAUGCUUCUAAAUAUAAUGAUGCAAUUUUGGAUUCAUUAGAAUUGGAUCCUUAUUGUCAAAAGAUUAACCUCAGUCAUAAGUUAAAUAAGGUGGCUGGGACACUUGAAGGUGAUGAAGCGGCCAUAUGCUGACAGUAGACUGAUUAUUUACUUGCGACUCUAUCCUGUGAUAAAGAUGUUUUAAUGUGUACAGAUUACGUAGAAAUUAUAUUGACUUUUUUAAUAAUAUUUAUAUACAUUAUACAUAUAUUAUAUAUAUAGACAUAAUGUUUUUAAUAUACUUGCUAUUUUAGGCAAACUUAAGUUUACGAUUGACCACCAAAAUCUAUACGACUUAAUACUUGUUAGGUUGUUAAAUUAAUAUUGUAGUUAUUUUAUCGUUGAGCUGAUCAAAACAAUUUUAUUUCACUAAAACACUAAAGACAGGCCUUGGCUUAUGUACAUUUUUGAAUUUUUAUAAUGAAGAAUUAAAUAACACAACUUCUUUUUAAUAAUAUUCCCUUAUUUUUUGAAUACUAUUUUUUAGAAACACUACAACUACAAUAAAUGCAUUUAUUUUAUUAUUAUUAUUUUUUUUUUAAUAUUUCUAAUAAAUGCUUUAUAAAAUAUAACAGUUCAAUCAAUUUAAUUUUUUUUAUCCACUAAAAUUUUACUGUUAAUCUCAAUGAAUUUUAUUUAUUUAAUUGAAAACAAAUUGUAAAUAAGGGAAGUACAAAUUGGUAAACAUAAUAUUGUUACUAUAAUACUACUAUUUUUUUUUUUUUAAUUAUUCAUUAAUUAAACACUGAAAUAAUUUUUUGUCCUUACUUUUGUACUACUAAUAUAAACUAAAUAAUAUUUCAUAAUUAAGUUAAAAUAUGCUUUGCGUGGUCAAAUAGAAUUUACAUGACAUUGUAAUAAGUUUUUUUUUCUGAUUCCGUCCUGAUAAACAUGUUAAAAGUAUGUGAAAACAGUGCAAAAACAUUAACUAAAAGAUUAUAUUCUAAAAAAAUUGUGUUAUCAAACACAUCAAAUCAUAAUGAACAUUUUGUCUUUGCUCCGUCUGUAAGUGAAUUUUUAAAUUUUAUGUAUAAUUUUUAAGUUACUCAUUUUUGAUUAAAAUUUGUUCGAGUUAAGUAUACAUAUAUAUUAUUAUUAUUAUUUUUUUUUUUAAUUAUUUUUAUGUUUAGACGAUUGUGUUAAAUAAGUUCAGUUCCCAUUUAACUCAUAUUAUUCUGCUUGUAUAGCUUCAAUCCAUGUAUGUUGACAUGAUCUGGCUUUUUUUUAUAACUGUUUCCCAAUAAUUUUACAUUGCAUUUAUACUUGUAUAAUAUUUAUUUUAGAUAACUAUUUAAUCUAUUUAAUAUAUUUAUGGUCUGAUUAUUGUACACUAAUGGUAUCAUUUUAUAUAUCCCACACAUUGCUGUCGAUUAGUAAUCAAUAAUGUAUGUACAGUAUUUUAACAGUUGCACAAUAAUUAUAUUUUAGUGAUAGAAAAAUAAUGUACAUUUCUUGCAUCAAUUUAUGACAUAAUGUUAAAAUUAUUUUUAGCAUUAAAUUUUUUUUUCUCACAUUUUAAUACUUUCAUAAACUAACUGUUGCAGUAAACCCAAACUGUUAAAAUAUUGUACAUCUACUUGUCUUAGUUAUAUUAAAAUCUCUUAGAUCUCACUAACUUAUGUCUAUUCAAUUACGUGUCCAUAUGAACAAAUUGUAUUGUUGCAUUUAUCUGUACUUGUAUACUUAAUAAUCUAGCAUUUUGAUGACUUCAAGCGUAUAAAAUCAAAAAAUAUUCUCUAUUUCUUUAGUGUAAAGUGUAUAAAUAUUAUUUUAAGAUUUAGUAUAAAUGUUAAAAUGAAUUACAUAUAUAUGUUUGUAUAUAUUAUUAUAUAUAUAUAUAGUAAAAUAUUAUACUAUUAUAAUGUGUUCAAAACGUUUUUAGGAAAGUAUUUUACACAAAAAAAAAAAAAAAUGCAAAUUAAACAUUGAUCUAAAUUUAUUUAUUAUUAGUAUUUUUAUAAUUAUUGUUGUAUUAUUCUGAUAUAAAAUAGACAACGAUUACAUUUUUUGUCAUACAAAUCCACAAUUGUCUGUAAAAUCAUCUUUAACAAUUUUCAUUAAUCUGUAUAUAUAUCCUACAUAUUUAUAAUAUCAAAUGUUGCUUAAAAGAAUUUAAAUACAGUAGUGCACUUAUUUCUAUAGAAAUAUUAUCACUGCACACACUCAUAUAUAUUGUAUGCGAAUACAAUUAUAUCUACAUCAUAAAUUCAGCAUCAUAAUUUGCAGGAAAAAAAAUAGUUCUCUAAAGACCAUUCUGAAAAAGGUUAAGUUGAUUAUUUAUGUAUUGUAUUCAUUAAUGUUUUAGAUUAUAUUAUAUUGUUGAGCGGUUGUGUUUUAUGGAGCAUUCAACUUUACUGGAUUAUUAUAGUAUGAUAUAGCCUUUCUGUCAUCUUGGUAAUUUAUUUAUAAUUAAGAUAUUUAAAUUAAUAAUCAAGGCAUAUUGUUCACAAAUAUUCAGUAAUCUUUCUAAUGGCAGCCAAUUAAAUUGAAUGAUUCAUUCUACACAAUUCGAUUGUAACUUUCACACAAUACUAAAUAUUAAUGACUCUAAAACAAAUAUUGGUUUUUUUUUUUCAACACAUUUAUAAAUUUAUUGUAUUAAUGUAUAAUGUUAAUUAUGUACAUAAAGCAAUUAUGUUGAGUCAUUUUUCUAAAGUGUAUUGUUCAUCUAUAUACAUAUUAAUAUAUUAUAAUAAUAUAUUGAUCUAUAUGCCCUCUUACUCUACACUGUUUUAUACUGUAAACCAAUUGGUAGUAGGUGGUCAACAAUAUUGGUUGCCAAAGCCAGUAUUUAUUUAAACCGAUAAUAAAAUAACAUGUUAAAUUCUGCUA